AUAGGAUCUCACUUGUUACCGUCGGUCGACCCAGCAUCAUCACCGUGAGGGCAGCUUGACAGACGACUCUUCCGACGAUGAGGUGGUUUCGAGCUACGAUGCGACAUAUACACACAUACUGCCUCAUGCAGCUGCUCGUGCUCGCUGUCCUCCAUGAUCCAGCGUUCGUCGAUGCCAGGGGAGAACAGCAGGAAAGUAUAACGGCGGUGUGUGUCGCCUGGGAAGGCACCACAUGUCCCUUUACCAACACGACUAACCCCGUGACGAAGCUGUUUGACCCAAAGACCCAAACGCUGUGCAAGGCGGCCGUGUCGGUCAACGUCAAGCAAAUCGACUGGCUAAGCUACCAUUCGACAGGAAAGGGAUUGGUGCGCAGCGUCAAGAUCAACCAGAACGAGCUCCUCACGUCUUUCGUGUACCCAUCGGACUCGUACCUCGCGGCAAAUUAUCCGCAUUGCGACGACUGGUUCGACGUGCUGCCGCCACACGAAAACAGCAUCCAGCCCGGCCGUGGCACCCAACGAUCGAUCCUUUCUCUCAUUACCGAGGAUUCCGUCGAGUUUGAGAUUGUCUACGAAUGGACUGGUGAUCAUGCACAACAGCCCGUGUGCUCGUUUGGUGGCGUGUCGUACGUGGGCAUGGCGCGCAUGGAUCUGUUCUACGAAGUCCAAGACGACGACCAUUGCCCCGGGUGGAACGAAACCACCAACACGUGGUGCCACGGACACGGCCAUUGCGACUGCGCGGUCACGGAAGGCGACCCUCGCUCCUGCACGUGCAAAUCUGGCUACGCGCCGCCGACAUGCCAAGGAUGCUUGGACAACAAAUUCGGCGCAACCUGCAGCGAAUCGUGCGACGUAUGCUACAACGACGGCGUGUGUCAGUCCGGCAUCGACGGGACCGGCGACUGCGUGUGCACGGCCGGCUAUGACCCGGCCACUCGAUGCGCGACCUGCUUGCCGCUUCACUACGGACCCAGCUGCCUCCCUUGCGACGAAUGCAACUACCCCCACGGCAACUGUAACGACGGCAUCCAAGGCAACGGGUUGUGCUCGUGCGCCGUGGGCUACAAUGCAACCGAGAACUGCCUCGAUUGCAUGGACUCGUUCUUCGGGCCGACCUGCGCGCCGUGCCAGUCGUGCCAUGAAGGACGAUGCAACCACGGGCUACAAGGCGACGGCCAGUGCAUCUGCCGCGAAGGGUUUGACGCUGAAACGCACUGCACUGACUGCUCCACCAACUACUUUGGACACAACUGCACGCGGUGCGCGUCGUGCCACGGCCGUGGCCUCUGCAACGACACGCUGGCCGGCGACGGGCAGUGCUUUUGCGACGCCGGGUACACGUCCGUGUCCCGGUGCGUCCUCUGCGACGACGGGUGGGACUUCAACCCCACGACCAUGAGCUGCCAGUGCGCGCCCGAACACUUUGGCCCGUUCUGCCGGUCGUGUCCGAUCUGUGCGCCGCAUGGACGGUGUAGUGCUGGCAACGACGGUGACGGCCGGUGCAUCUGCGAUCCAGGGUGGAGCGACUCGACCAAUUGCGUGACGUGUAUGGGCGGGUACUUUGGCCACGACUGCUCCAUCUGCCGACGGUGUGGUCAAGGGAGGUGCGACGAUUCGAUCCACGGCUCGGGGCAGUGCAUUUGCAGCGAAGGCUAUAGCUCCACGAGCGACUGCUACAACUGCGACGACGGCUACUUCGGCCCGAAUUGCACCGCGUGUCCGCAAGAUUGCGCGCACGGCACGUGCUCGAGCGGCCUCCUGGGGUCGGGCACGUGUUCGUGCGACCAAGGGUGGGCGUGGUCGGCCAAGAACCCGUGCACGUCGUGCCUGCCGGGGUACAUUGGUCCGGAUUGUGUGCUGUGCCCGGGGUACAUUGAGAGCGGACUCAUGUGCAACGGCCACGGCGUGUGCAUUCCGCACGCGAACCGAUCGGUGGGCAUCUGCGAAUGCGACGCCCGGUUCAGCGGCAUCGGGUGCGAAGUGUACGAGUUUCCAUUGGCCAUGGUGUGCGGUUUGGGGCUGAUUGCGCUGUCGACGCUUGGGUUUUGCAUGUGCUCGAUGCGGCGGCUGGCGCGGCAGACGCAGGUCUUCCACCCACAGGUGCUGCGGCGGGGCAGCACGUUCCCAGGGUAUUUGGAGAUUUCGGACGUGAGCGACUUGGAGUUUUUCGUGUCGGCCGACUCGCGCGACUGGUUGAUCCCGUUUGAAGCGCUGACGCUGCAAAAAGAAGUCGGCAACGGCACGUCUGGCCAAGUGUUUCAGAGCUUGUACCACAGUGGCGGUGGCAACUCGGUCGUGGCCGUGAAGCGGCUGUACAGCCCCGUGACAGGCCAAGAGUACUUUCAGAGCUUCUUCCGGCGCGAAGUGAGCAUCCUCAGCAAACUGCACCACCCGCACGUCGUUCGGUUCUACGGUGUCAGCUACUACAGCCGCAUUUUGUAUAUCGUGACCGACUUUUGCCAGACCAGCUUGAGCCACUUGAUUGAGAACCCGACGACCAAAGGGCCGUUCGAACCGACGUUCUUUAUGAAGGUCGUGGUGCAAAUCACGAGCGGCAUGGGGUUCCUGCACAGUCGCAACGUCGUGCACCGCGACUUGAAGCCGGCCAACGUCCUCCUCACCGACACGGACGACGUCAACAUCUGCGACUUUGGCUUGUCUCGGUUGAUCGACCCGGAAACCACGUCCAUGACGGCCGAGGUGGGCACGCCAAGCUACAUGGCCCCGGAAAUGGCCACGAUGGGGGGCGCACAAUGUUCGACCAAGGGCGACGUGUAUUCGUUUGGCAUUUUGCUCUACACAAUGUGGUCGAGAAGCAAACCAUAUGGGGAUCAAGGCAUGAAUCCGUUUCAGCUGAUGACGGCCGUGGUGAACGGGUUGAGGCCCGUGAUCCCAAUCAACUGCCCCCCCGGUUUGGAGAAGCUCAUGAAAAGUUGCUGGGAUGCCAACCCCGUGGGUCGCCCGAGCUUUCCGGAAGUCUCGUUGACAUUGCAAGACCCGGCGAUUCUACAGUGUCCUCCGACUAGUGACAUGCCGCUGACAGUGGAAGAGCGGCCGAUGAUGCCAAAUCGAUUUCGACUCAACAGCCGCGACCAUUACGUCGAGCCGACAAACUAUGGCAGCUGUAACAACAACCACGACUGAAUAUCCACGAUCAUAGACACACAUAUUAAGGGCAACAAUACUAUCUUAUUCUACUCCAAC